GAGCGGAGCAAAACUGCGCGCAGAGGAGGAUAACAGAGUUUCAUGUAAAUACAAACAGUAAAGGUGGCAUGGGAAUCAUUUUCUUGCCACGAAGAAUUACUUUUGCCAAAUUUUUUGUGUUAUUUUGUAGCGCAAUGAAGUGACACUCCGCCUUGUUCACCCCACCACGUCCGGAGCUUAGCUACCAGGGGUAAAGACUCGCUUCUUCAGUUUUUAACUUAUUGCACAAAGUUAAUUUCCUGUCCACAGGAGAGGAACAAGGUAAUGCAAACACCCUUGAGAAUAACGACUUUACUUCCUCAAAUUUACAUUUGACAAACCUUCUUUACGGCGCAGGAGAAAAUAGUUUUGGCGCACGCAUUAGGGUUUUCUGUGGAGUUAAUCAAUAAUACAUUGACUUUAGGAUACACAGGGCUCUAUGUGUCUGAAGUGUUAUCCAGGAGAAAUGACUCUGAGCUCCUUGAGCGCUUGCUGCCUCAGCGCUGAGGCCAAAGAGGCUCGCAGGAUCAGCGAUGAGAUAGAGAGACAGCUCCGCUGGGACAAGAAGGACCUCCAACGGGAAUACAAGCUCCUUUUGCUCGGGACUGGUGAAAGUGGGAAGAGCACUUUCAUCAAGCAGAUGAGGAUCAUCCAUGGCCGUGGAUACUCCGAUGAGGACAAGAGAGGUUUCACACAGCUGGUCUACCAGAACAUCUUCAAAGCCAUGCAGGCCAUGAUCCAGGCCAUGAAUAUACUGAAAAUCCCCUACAAGUAUGAAAACAACAAGGCCAAUGCCAGUAUUAUCAAUGAGGUUCAUGUGGAGAACGUCACAACAUUAACAAACCCUUACGUGGAUGCCAUCAAGAGCCUGUGGAGUGAUCCGGGGAUUCAGGAAUGUUACAAUCGGAAGAGGGAAUACCAGCUCUCAGACUCGGCCAAAUACUACCUGAAUGACUUGGACCGAAUCUCUGAUACUGCUUACCUGCCAACCCAGCAGGAUGUGCUGAGGGUCAGGGUGCCCACAACAGGUAUUAUCGAGUACCCCUUUGACCUGGAGAAUGUGGUGUUCAGGAUGGUGGAUGUGGGUGGCCAGCGUUCAGAGAGGAGGAAGUGGAUUCACUGUUUUGAGAAUGUGACCUCCAUCAUGUUCCUGGUGGCGCUCAGCGAGUACGAUCAGGUCCUUGUUGAGUCACCCACCGAGAAUCGAAUGGAGGAAAGCAUGGCCUUGUUCCAGACAAUCAUAACCUCCAAGUGGUUCAUACAGUCUGCAGUCAUCUUGUUCCUCAACAAGAUAGACAUUCUGGAGGAGAAAAUCAUGUAUUCACAUUUGGUCGACUACUUCCCUGAAUAUGAUGGUCCCCAGCAGGAUGUCAAAGCAGGGAAAGAGUUCAUCUUAAAUAUGUUUGUGAGUCUCAAUCCAGACAAAGUAAGAUUAAUCUACUACCACUUCACCUGUGCCACAGACACAGAAAACAUUCGAUUUGUCUUCCAUGCGGUGAAAGACUACAUCUUGCAGGAAAACCUGAUGGACUACAACUUGGUUUAAAACUGUGAUGGUGCCGCUGUAAUUCAAUCUACCUUGUACAGCUGGCAGUCAAGAGAGCUCUGCAGUGCUUCAGUUUCCCUCACGCUGCUGCUGAACACUAUAAUCCAAAACAGGAAAUUGAGAAACUACGGAGCUUGUCGCCAAAUGACUGUACUACUGAUGUAUUUCAAAUUCUCCUGUUAGGCUCUUUGGAAAUGGAUUUCUCCAGCUAUAAUGAAGUGUGUCCUGACAAUUAAAGUGCUGCCUUAGUGAGGAGUCUAUUAUAGUAUGCACUCAAAAUUAUGGAGCUCUUUGUGAACAUUUUUGAGCAGUAACAGUAUAAAUGCACAUGGAUGAAUUGAGAGGGGAAAAUAUAUUUUAUGGGGCCUCAUAAGCCUCUGAGGACUAGCGAUGCUCUAGGUCUCUCCUUCAGGGAAUCUGUGGAAGUGAAUGUAGACUAACUGCAGUGGUGGAACAAGUAUUCAGAUCCUUUACUUAAGUAAAAGUACCAAUACAGCAAUGUAAAAAUACUCUAUUACAAGUAAAAAAUCUUGCAGGAAAAAUCCUAUUUAAGUAGCAGCAAAAUGUAGUUAAAAUAUUGCAGUAAAAGUAGUGGUUUGGUCUCUCUGACUGAUAUA